AUGCAGAAAUUCUUUGCUAGUGGCCGGAGGUAUGCUGUGCUAGGUGCGUCGACGUCUCCGAUGAAGUUUGGGAACAGAAUUUUGAAAUGGUACAUUAAUCACGGGCUGGACGUUACUCCGAUCAAUCCCCGAGCUGAGAAGGUGUGUGAUUUACCUGCUUUCAAGACGUUGAACGAGUUUCUUGGGUCUUUCAAGCAAGAUGGGAAGGGAGCUAUAAGCGUGAGUGUAGUUACUGCUCCGAACGUGAGCUAUGAGUUGUUUCGGGAGGUGAAAGAGGCCCAGAAUGAGGAUAAGAUCGCUGCAGUGUGGUUUCAGCCUGGGUCGUACGAUGACCGGGUGGUGGACUAUGUACGAAAAGAAAUUGGUUUAGGCGAUGGAGACGCUGUUAUUUCUGAUGGCGACUGCAUCCUAGUAUCCGGGGUAAGGAGGAUGAGAGCCGAGUUAGCGGAGUAG